AUUCGACUAGUAAAUGGUCCUACUCCGAAUAAGGGAAGAGUAGAAGUUUAUCACAAUAAUAUAUGGGGCUCUAUUUGCUAUUACGGAUUUAACAUGAAGGAAGCCAGAGUCGCUUGUCGUCAAUUAGGAUAUGGUAAUGUAUCAUCCAGUUAUUGCUGUUCAAAUUUUGGCAGUACUGUAAAACAUAUUUGGCUCUCCAAUGUGGGCUGCUCUGGGAAUGAAAGUAAAUUAACAGACUGUCCUUCUUCUGGGUGGAAUGUAACAAGCUCGUGUGGGCGAAGUACUUACGCGGGAGUCCAAUGUAUAGGUACAAACAUCACUAUACCUAUACGACUAGUAAAUGGAUAUAAGCCAAAUGCUGGAAGAUUGGAAGUAUUUUAUAACAAUCAGUGGGGAUCUGUAUGCCAUCGAGAAUUUGGAAUUGAGGAUGCUAGAGUCGUAUGCAGACAGCUAGGUUACACUAAUGUAUCAUCCUAUUAUUGCUGUUCAUAUUUUGGAUAUGGAAAUGGCCCAAUAUGGCUAAGUAAUGUUAACUGUACUGGCUCUGAAAGUAGUCUAUCUGCAUGCUCAUACACUGGAUGGAAUAACACUGGUUGUCAACGUUACGACGAAGCCGGCAUUGAAUGUACUGCAGAGGGAGCGCUUAGACUUGUUGGAAAAGGUUACGAUUCUACGAGAGGCAAUGUACAAAUAUAUCAUGACGGUCGUUGGGGUGCAAUUUGCGAUCAUGGCUGGAGUAUGCAGGAUGCUCAAGUAGCCUGCAGGCAAUUAGGAUUUGCAAAUGUAUCUACAUACCAAUGUUGCUCACAAUAUGGUUCUGCACGCAUUCAGAUAUGGCUAAGAUAUCUGGGAUGUACAGGAAACGAAACCUCUUUAUUGCAGUGUUCUCGAUCCAAUUGGACUGAUACUGGAUCUUGCAAUAAUUACAAUUACGCAGGAGUUACUUGUUUAAGUACAAACAUCACUAUACCUAUACGACUAGUAAAUGGAUAUAAGCCAAAUGCUGGAAGAUUGGAAGUAUUUUAUAACAAUCAGUGGGGAUCUGUAUGCCAUCGAGAAUUUGGAAUUGAGGAUGCUAGAGUCGUAUGCAGACAGCUAGGUUACACUAAUGUAUCAUCCUAUUAUUGCUGUUCAUAUUUUGGAUAUGGAAAUGGCCCAAUAUGGCUAAGUAAUGUUAACUGUACUGGCUCUGAAAGUAGUCUAUCUGCAUGCUCAUACACUGGAUGGAAUAACACUGGUUGUCAACGUUACGACGAAGCCGGCAUUGAAUGUACUGGUAUGUAA